AUGAACUUUCACUCUCAGUCUCAGACUCAGAGCUUGCUAAUUUCCCACGCCGCUCAGGCAGUUCUGCGAAAUGCAGAUACAAUCAGUACCUUGCAUAGGACGUCGGGCACUAGGCCAAGGCAGACAAGGAGGCCAUCCCGAAUGGCGAGUGCAGCCAACCAAGUGCUCAGAAAUGCAGCCCUCUUGCACCUCAGGGGGACCCAAGUCCCAGUCCAGGCAGCAGCUCGAGUCGGUGAACGCUGGCAGCCGCAUGAACUGGAGGUUGUCAUAUCCGCCGUGGCGGCUGCAGCCGAGCGGGCGCGCACGGCACAGGGCAGUGCCACUCCCGGCAGCCCCAUACCCAGCGCACGGUCAACAACCAUGUACCUGGACUUCCCCCAUCUGAUGCGGCAGCUGGGCUGGGACCACACCGACGCACGGCAAGUGGGGCGGUUGCGCUUCAAGAUAUUUCAGACUCGCAUGCGUCUGGAUAAUGGGCACAGCGCAGAGGAAGUGCUACUGAUGGCCGGAAAGCGAUUGAAACAGAGGAGGGACAAAAGCAUGAAAUGGCUGGCUUGGUGCCGCGCCGCCUUACUCAAGCUGCCCGGCUGUGAGGGCACGUCGGAGGAUGUGUGCGCCGUCCUGCAGGCGGACCCCAACAUGGCGCAACACCUAGAUCCCAGGGUGUGUGACGGGACGCGCGCGGUGCCGCGCUGGCGACAGGCCGUAUCCGGUAGCAUUCGCUACAUCCCGGGCCUCUACAAGACGGGGGAAAAGCGUGGCAGGCGGACUGUGUACCGCUACGAUGCUCAGGCGGGGGCGCUGCUGGAGGCUGCCAGGCGCAGCAAGCGGCGGCACGCCGCGGGCAAGGGCGGGGCGUCCAUGCAGCGCCUGGGCACCCGGCGGUGACCAGUCGGGAGGGCGGAGGAGGAAGAGGGCGGGGGCGGAAGAGGGAGAGGACAGGGGCUUCAGCUCAGGGCUGUGUCGGCGCAGUGGUGGUGCCGCCAGUGGCCACGGGCUGCCUCGCAGUACGCCUGGCUGUACGGAUGCGACUGCGCACAAGAAAGGCCAGUGCCGCGGGCUCAGCUCAUGCGCGUGCUUUGUGUGCAAUGGCGGGCUGAGGGUCCGCGAGCUCGUUGUGCGGGGUCGUUUGAUGGCAUGACAGCACCAGGGGCUGGGCGGUCUCGCCAUGCCGAGGUUCAGUCUUGACCGCCCUCCCGCCUCCGUGUCCACUGACUGCAUGCGGGAUUGCGGGCCUGCCCGGCGACUAGUGGCGGCGCCCUGGCGUUGGCCCGGCGGCGACCUGGCGUUGGCCCGGCGGUGGUCCAGGGGGCCGUCUCAGGGCGUGAAGGCCGGUGGUGGCCUGCACAGCCGACAGACAGGACGUGCCAUGCGGGGGAGAGGUCCUAGCAGGUGAAAGGGCCUUCCGGUUGUGCGCGCUUGUGAUAAGCGAAGAGGUUGUGGUGCUGGCAAGUGCCUAGCAAACCGCUUGCUAUAAUAGUUGCUCGGGGUGCGUCGCUCGGAGCGGAGGUGAUGCUGUCAGGAGCGGGGGCUGGCGUGGAUCUGGUGCAGUGUCGCCGCUGCAUGGGGGUCGUUGCGCUGACGAGGACGGUUCCUGAGCAGG